UGAAUUUUGAUUUUGGAUUCUUUUUUUAAACCAAAUAAAAACAUCCUCCAAAUCCUCCAAAGAAAUAUAAAUAAUGGCUAAUAUUGCCUUAAGUGAAGCUGAAAAAACAUUCAUUCUACAUGGUGUUGAAGAAGAUUUCCGAUGUGAUGGUCGUUCACGCCGUGACUAUCGUCCCAUGGAGCUCGAAACCGACGUGGUUAGCAAUGCAAGUGGUUCGGCUCGUCUCAGAUUAGCAAACACUGAUAUUCUAGUUGGUGUUAAGACUGAAAUAGAUGUUCCAUCAUUCCGUACUCCUGACAAAGGAAAAAUUGAAUUUUUUGUUGAUUGUUCCGCAAAUGCAACCCCCGAAUUCGAGGGACGUGGUGGAGAAGAUCUAGCUCUUGAAUUGGCCUAUACACUUGCCAAUGCCUAUGAAUCCUCUUUAGCUUUUGAUCUGAAAGCUUUAUGUAUUCUCCGAGGGCAACAAUGUUGGAAACUUUAUGUUGAUAUUUUGAUUCUAGAAUGUGGCGGGAAUCUAUUCGAUGCUGUGUCAUUGGCAGCAAAAGCUGCACUCAAUAAUACAAAAAUUCCUCGUGUUACUGCCGCUCUAAUGGACGCUGGUCAAGCUGAUUUGAUUAUAUCCGAUGAUCCUUAUGAUUGCACUAGAAUUGAUAUAGAUUGUGUUCCCAUUUUAGUGACGGUGUGUAAAAUUGGUGAUUCGUGCAUUGUCGAUCCAUCAGCUGAAGAGGAAGAAUGUAGUUCAGCGAGUGUUGUGGUGGGAGUUUCGAGACGUGAUGGAAAAAGUUAUAUGUCUAAUAUUCAUACAAUUGGCAAUGGUUCUUUACACAAAGAUACCAUGUUUGAUUGCAUUGAAUUGGGUUUGUCAGCUGCUGAAUCUUUGAAUGAUAAACUUAUGAAGGCUCUUAAGUUGGAGGAAGAGCGAUGCGGUAGUGGAAGAAAAGAAGCAGUUGGAUUUUUGAAGUAA